UGGCUGCUUUUGCAUCAUCAGCCAUUCAGCCCUACAACCAAUGCCCUAAAAGAAAGAGAAAAACCAAUCUCGUUAGCUAUUUAUAACCAGAUCAUUCCCUUGCUUUUCUUUCAUGUUUGCCUCUUUUUUCUCUAGUGUGUUUCUUGGUCUCCAUACCAUCUCUAUCCCUCCAAGAAUCUUUACUUAGACCUUGUUCUUCAACAUUUACUAUUACUCUCCAGUUUUUAUGCAUCUUCUGUUCAAGUUUCUGAUUAUUCGUUCAAGAACAAAAGAUAUAUCCAGUCUCACCAUUUCAACUUCACUUUUCCAUAUUCAAACCAAACAUUUACUAAAAUCUUGGCAUUUUUUUUCCUUCUUGAUAUUUUCAAAUUCAAUCCCAAGCUGCAUUUUUUUGUUUUUAGGGCUUUGCACCUAUUAUUCCACACAUUUCCCUGAGAACAGGCUCCUAUCUAUAUAAAAUAAUCCUACAAGAAAGAGAAACCCAACCCACCUCGAAUCUUAGGCCUCUUUUUCAGUUUCCAAUCAUGAAUCGUCUGGGCCGAGUGAAGGACGAGUAUGCAGGAGCUAGUCCUUCUUACUCAGGCAUGGCAUCUACAGCUAUUCCUCAGCCAAUAGAGGGACUUCAUGACGCUGGUCCUCCCCCUUUUCUCACAAAAACUUAUGACAUCGUGGAGGACAUGGCCACAAACCAUAUAGUUUCUUGGAGUCGAGGCAACAAUAGCUUUGUUGUUUGGGAUCCCCAGACCUUUGCCAUGAGUCUUUUGCCCAGAUACUUCAAGCACAAUAAUUUCUCGAGCUUUGUUAGGCAGCUUAACACAUAUGGGUUUAGAAAGGUUGACCCAGAUAGAUGGGAGUUUGCUAAUGAAGGGUUUCUCAGAGAGCAAAAACAUCUUCUCAAGAAUAUAAGAAGGAGAAGAACUCCGCAGCCUCAGGCUUGCCAGCAAUCUCUAGACCCUUGUGUUGAAGUUGGAAGGUUUGGAUUGGAUGCAGAAGUUGAUCUGUUAAGGCGAGACAAACAAGUGUUAAUGAUGGAACUGGUGAAGCUUAGGCAGCACCAACAGAAUACUAAAGCUUGCCUUCAACUAAUGGAACCCAGACUCAAAAGGACAGAGACAAAACAGCAACAGGUGAUGGGUUUCUUGGCUAGAGCGAUUCAGAAUCCCAAUUUUGUGCAGCAGCUAGUCCAACUAAAGGACAGAAGAAAGGAACUGGAAGAAGCAAUUAGUAAAAAGAGAAGGCGGCCUAUUGACCAAGGGCCUAGUAUUGUUCAAGUUGAAAAUUUUGACCAUGGUGGGGGAGUGGAAACUUUUGUUAAGAUUGAACCUCAGGAGUUUGGUGACCUUUCUGAGUUUGACGUUUCAGAGCUGGACGCACUGGCUAUGACCAUGCAAGGAGUGACUGGAAGCCAACAAAACUUGGAGGAAGAAUGUAUGGAGAGAGGAGAGGAACAUGUAGAUAAAGGUAAGGACCUUGAUGAGGGGUUCUGGGAUGAGUUAUUGAAUGAGGAUAUUGGGGAAGAAAUGGGUAGGGGUGAUGAAGCUGAAGAGAUAGAUGUGUUGGUAGAGCAGCUUGGUUACCUGGGUUCUAGUCCAAAGUAGAGAAACUGAAGUUAUUAUGCUGCUUCUUUUUCUGCCCGCUACAGUGCUUUGAGUAUGAAAGACUCACUUUAACCGACUGUCUGAAUUAAUUUUUUUGUCUAUUUGAUUUUAAUAUCCUGGCUGCCAAAAUCCAGAUGUAUUAGAUGGGUUUUGUUGGUAAUUGAUAGGAGACUGCGAAUACAUUUGACACUGAAAGAACUAAUUAGGCGUCAGAAAAGCACAAAAUGCGUUCUUAUUGGAAAUUCUAUGAACAGCUUACAGUUUUCUGGAA